AUGUCCCCGAGAAUUUAUCAAAAAACGGGUAUAACAAACGACUCUCAUAAGUUAUUGGCAUUAAUCGCCGUUGGUGCCACAAAGACAGUUUUCAUCUUAGUGGCCACAUUUUUACUAGACAAGAUCGGACGGCGACCGUUGCUUCUAUCAAGUGUUGCGGGUAUGAUCUUUUCCCUGAUGUUGCUUGGCGUUAGUUUGACGGUGAUUAAUCACUCCGAUCAUAAGCUUACGUGGGCCAUAGCGUUGUCUUUGUCCAUGGUAUUAUCAUACGUCGCGUUCUUCUCGAUCGGGACGGGUCCCAUCGCUUGGGUAUACAGCUCUGAUAUAUUUCCGCCGAAGCUAAGAGCACAAGGGUGUAGUAUGGGGGUAGCGGUGAAUAGGGUGACAAGUGGGGUCCUCUCAAUGACCUUUAUAUCUUUAUAUAAGGCCAUCACAAUUGGUGGGGCCUUCUUUUAUUCACGGGUUGCAAUUGUGGCAUGGGUGUUCGUUUAUAUGUUGCUCCCUGAAACACAGGGUAGAUCCCUCGAGGAGAUGGAGGUUUUGUUUGGGACUUUCUUCAAGUGGAGGGCAACAAUGAUGGAGGUGAAGAAAAACGAAGCUGAGGCUAAGUGUGAGAUUCAGAAGGGGAGUCAUGGCUAA